CGUCGUUCAUCGUCAGACGCGGCCACAAUGAGCAGAUACGCCUCAUUCGGCAGCUUUGAGCUGAACAGCAUCGUGCGAGGAGCCCAAUUGACUGUGGUGGGCGCCAACCGAGCUCUCCAGAAUCCUGGCAUCUUCACGAGCGAGCUGUAUAGACAGGCGGCAUUGGCCGUAGCGUGUGGGUUGGCCAUCCGGAUGCUUGUUGCCAUACCAACCAUCGGCAUCCGUAUCUUCAUCAAGUUUCUCGGCCUCUUCACAGAUUUAUCCGGUGCGAAAUGGGACGAGGAGAUCAUCGAGGGCAUUUCCUUCAUCGAAAACUCGGUUCUCCAGGUGCCUUUCUUCCUGAUGUCCUUCAUUCGCCAGCUCAGUCCUGCCAUGGAUCACAUGUUCAUGGACAGUCUCCAAUGGGUGGACCAAACCUACGCCCAGAAGCACAAAACAGACGACCCAUCACAGCUCAGAGCCAUGUACUAUCCCAACCUGAAGCUGUAUAGCGAACUUGCUCCAUCGACGAAGACGAAGAAGGAUCCAUACCAGGCACUCAAAGCAUUCGGUUACCGCUUUGGCAAGAAGGCCGUGGUAUCGUUGGGAGUCUAUCUUCUAUCUCUGCUGCCAUACAUAGGGCGAUAUGUCCUACCCGCCGCUUCUUUCUACACCUUCCACCAAGCUGUAGGAUUGCAACCCGCGCUGCUGCUCUUUGCAAGCUCUCUCUUUCUACCAAAGCGAUACCUCGUUAUGUUCCUCCAGAGCUACUUCUCGAGCCGAACGCUCAUGCGAGAGUUGCUGGAACCCUACUUCUCUCGAGUCCGCUACACACCUGAACAGAAGAAACAGUGGUUCCAUGAUCGAGAAGGCGUUCUCUUCGGCUUUGCUUUCGCCUUCGUUUCUUUCCUGAAGAUACCACUGCUCGGCGUCCUUAUCUACGGCAUCGCAGAGGCUUCGACUGCAUAUCUGAUCACCAAGAUUACCGAACCACCACCAGAGCCGCAACAAGCCGAAAAAUUCAAGCAGGAGGAUAUACAUUGGAAGAACAAGCAUGAGUUUGUGAGCUUGCCACUUGAUGCCAUCGACAAAUUCAACAUGACUCUGAAAGAGAAGAGCCAUGCCCAUACAGAAAGCGAGAUAAAAGCUGGUCGACAAUUUACCUAGCAGGUCACUUUCCCUUUAGGCACAAAUUGAAGACGAGAACAGCCGAUCA